GUAAUCAACGCAGAAUGACGGAUAUGACGCUUGUGCGCUGCUGUAUUUGAAAAUUCACCGCGAAGCAUUGUUGUUUCAAUGCACGUCCUUUAAGACCCCUCCAGGAUAUUACGGAAACAUAUAAAACUGUUACAUGGUGAAUAAACGUUAAACCUCAGUUUAAAAAAAACGUUCAACUGCCUUCAACCUUAGGCAACAUUUAUCGACCUGAGGGAUGUCGACAAAGAAACUGGCCAGGGAACUUGGGAUAAUAAGACGCCGGAGUCAGACUAAAGAACCUGGCCAAACAAGACGACCAGGUAGAAAACAGUAUUUUUCCCACCUAAUAGUAAUCGACUUUGAGUCCACCUGCUGGAAAGAGAAGAAAAACUACGGACAAGAAAUAAUCGAAUUCCCAGCGGUUUUACUAAACACCUCCACCGGAGCGGUAGAGUCUGAAUUCCACACGUAUGUGCAGCCACAGGAACACCCUAUCCUCUCCGAGUUUUGCACGGAGCUCACAGGAAUCUCCCAGACGCAGGUGGAAGCUGGAGUGCCUCUGUCUAUCUGCCUGUCCCGCUUCACACGAUGGCUCCACUCGCUGCAGCAGGAGAGAGGGCUGGUGUUUGUGAAGGAAGACAAAACACCCCUCCUUCCUGGUGGUCCCUGUGCCUUCGUCACCUGGUCAGACUGGGACCUGGGAGUGUGUCUCCUGUAUGAGUGCAAACGGAAGCAGAUCCACAAACCGCCGGCACUGAACAGCUGGAUCGACUUGCGGGCCACCUACAAGUUGUUUUACAACAGAAAACCUAAGGGACUGAAUGGAGCGUUGCAAGAUCUGGGCAUAGAGUUCUCCGGACGAGAGCAUUCGGGUUUGGAUGACGCUCGCAAUACUGCCCGGCUGGCCUGGAGAAUGAUGACCGACGGCUGCUUCAUGAAGAUCACUAAGUCUCUGGAUCGGGUGCCGCUGAAGGCCAAGCCCUUGUUUCCAAACGGUCCCGUCAAAAGUGAUUCCAGCAACCAGCGUGAGCACGGUAAGACCAAGACGCAAGACGGAGCCAACAAGCGACGCUCCGAGAGCACACACCCACAAUGCACUGCCAAGGCAUUCCCAGGUUCCACGUCUGACACGACUCCUAAUAAUGUGAACAUCAACAAAAACACAGAGGCCUGCCAAUAUCAGAGCCUGGUGACUCCAAAGACGGUUCUUAAUGGCUUAUCCUCGUGCCUGUACGGGGGUGGUUUGAUCGGGUCGAUGAGGAGACAACCCAGCCUCCUCUCUGGAUCUAGUCCUUCGCCUCAGGCCAUGGGCCUGGUUCUGGUGUCCACCACCGUGAGCUCGCACACGGACCUGCUGCCCAAACAGCUCAACUUUGACCUCGAGACCUCGGAGGUGGACUGGACCGACGGUGUGAUACUGACCGAAACUGAUGAGCUGGGUUCCUACGAUGACGUGAUGCUGGAGGAGGUGGAGGAAGGGCAGAGCGACGGCAAUGGGUGUGGUCCAGGGGUCACGGCCAAUAGCAGUGCUCGCUGGGAGGGGCCUGGGAAGAUUGUGUCGCCGUUUGUUUCUUCGUCUUGCCUCUCUCUUGCUCCUGCAGACUCAAAAAAACUGACAAAACAGACCUCUGCCAACAGGAUACCUGCUGUUAAAAAUCCCCCGCAGGCAACAAACGGUGAUGCCUGCUUCAAAAAGCCUAGACCGGUCUCUAUUGGUGACGAUUACAGAUCACUUUUACGCCCCUUCGUUCAUAAAACUACAACUCCCAGUGGCUCUGCCACACACAGCUCUAUUCUUAAGCCUGUAAUUCCCAGCUGUUCUGCUAUAAAUUAUUCCCUUUGUAAAACUACAACUCCCAGCAGUUUUGCCACAAACCAUUCUCGUCAGAAAACUACAACUCCCAGCAGUUCUGCAACAAACAGCAUCCUUCUUUAUACUGCAGCUCCUAGCAGCUUUGCCAUAAACCAUUCUCGUCAGAAAACUACAACUCCCUGCAGUUCUACAACAAAUAGCAUCUUUCUUCAUACUGCAGUUCCUAGCAGCUUGGCCUCAAACCACUCACUUCGUAAUACUGCAACUAUCUGCAGUUCUACCACAUAUAACUCCCUUCAUAAAAAUGCAACUUCCAGCAGCUCUGUAUUGCCAAGUCCACUUUAUCAGAGCAAAACCUCCUGUGGCCGCACUGCACAGCGUGGCCCUUUUAAAACUACAACUCCCAGCAGCUCUUUCACCAUUUACCGUGAUGUUGAAUCGCAGCCCUCUAUCUCCACCAGCACACGGACGUCCAUUGGAGGCUCGUUCCCUGUCCCACCUUCAGUCCUGUCCUCCCGUGUGAACCAGUCACAUCUCGCCUCGUCGAGGGCCGCAUGUAAGGUGACGUCGCCGCUGUGCGGCUGCGGCAGACGGGCGAAACGGCUCACCGUUGGCAACGGAGGUCCGAAUCAAGGACGCGCUUUCUUCUGCUGUCCCGUGCGCAGGUCAGGGCCGGGCCUCAUGCACAAGAAGGGCUGCGAGUUCUUCAAGUGGGAGUCUUCGGUCCUGGCGUCCGUGACCCCUAGUGUGUUCAAAAAGACCACAACUACGGUACGCCCCUCCUCGGUUAAGACGCUUCGCUGA